AUGUCUACUCCUACUAUUGACAAGAUAUCUAAUCUAUUACUACUACAUAUCAUAUCAAAGAUUGAUGAUAAUGUAGAUAUAAGGUUGAUACAGUUUAAAGGAAUAAGAGUUAUUGAUGAUAAAGGUAGAUGUAAAUCAAAACAGUUUCAAGCAACAGCUACUCAAUUCAAACUCUUGUCUUUUAAAGAUAUAUUGGAGAAUAGUAUAUCUGAUCAGCAGGUUAUACUGUCUGAUGAAGAAGUUGACAAACGCUAUCCAAAAUGGAUACAACAACGUAUCUCUGCUUCUGCUGCAACCAGAGUUGAUAAAAGUAACAUUACAACUGCUUUGGUGAUGCACAAUACCUUGGGCCCAACGGUACUAAAUAUUGCAUGUCGUGACAUACCAUCUAUCGAGACACUUAUCAUCAAUGACCAUGACUACCAAAAUGACCGAAAUACAGUAGUCAUUGAUCUUGACUCUAUCUCCCAGUUACCAAAUCUUCAACGACUUGUAGUUUCUACAAAAUGGUUGAAUCGUCUAGGUCAUCACCCAUCACGCAAGACUUUAGAAUUAAAUGUCGAUACCCGACAAUACACUCCAAUUGAGUUGGGUCUCUCUAAAUUCUUAUCAUUGACAGAAUUAAAGUUCAAGAGUUAUUGUGUGUCGAGUAUCGGUGGUGGUGGUGGUGGUAGACCGGAUCCAGUCUUCCCGAGCAGUCUGACUAGUCUAACUCUCAGACCAACGGAAAUACCUGCACACUACUAUGAAGAAGAAGAUCUCCGUACCACUAUAAGUGUACCCCCUUCACUCAAGAUUCUUACCAUUUGGUCUCACUAUGUACACAUCCCACACGAAUGUACCAUGCCACUAUUGGAGAAUUUAAAUGUGACAGCAAGUUUAUUGACCGAUGGAAAUAUCAGUCUAUUAUCAUCCAAAUCAAUCAAGAAACUCUAUUUAAAAGGAUGUUAUAAAACAAUUCCACCCAAUAUCAUCCCACCCUCUGUACAGAGGGUUACAUUUGAUACCAUCACUAUCGAGGAUAAAUCACUUGAUAAUGUUAUAUUCCCACCAUGUCUCACUCAUCUGUCGAUCAUAGGUGAAUACUAUCACCCUGUCUGGAACCUCCCUCCAUCACUCGUUAAACUAAAGCAAAGGGUUGACAAGGUUCCAUCUACACUUCCUCAACAUUUGGAGAAACUUGCUUGGGGAGUGUUUGAAACCGGUAAAAGUAGCCAAACAGAUUUGCAAUUUCCAUCGUCCUAUCCACCUCAUCUUGAAAUGCUUGACUUUUAUAAUGUCGAUGGACCCUUCACAUUAGACAACAUACCACCAAUCAUCAAACAUUUAAAAGUACAAAUGACCCGUGACAGAGGCCAGUGGCCAUAUCCUAAACUGUUCUCAAUCGGCUCAAUGAUGAGCAAGAGAAUCAUCUCACAAUCACCAUCAGAAUUGUGGCUACCACAAAAUACAACUCAUCUAACAUGUAACUUCAAAUACUUUUCUGAAAAUGCAGUGUUUAGAUUGGACCAAGUGAUCAACCAUACCAAUGUUAGAUCUCUAUCUAUCAUUAUUCAAGAUAAUACUUAUUACUCUGAUGAUCACAUCUACACUUUUCAAUUCUCAAUUCAAAGAUUGGACACUAAAAAUAGAAAUGUAUUGGUAUUGGAAACACAAACACUUCAAGGUGGGAUCAUCACUCAAAAAUCAAAUAACAAUCAACAACAACAACAACAACAACAACAACUAUAUGAUCCCAUUUAUUUAUAUUUUGAUUUAAAAAUAGCUUCAUCUUCAUAUGAAUUGAAAUGGAGUUUUGAAGAUAGAAUCAAUGAUCCAAAAUAA